UCCCGUGUUCUACGCGUGCACGUUUCAACAUCCUGUGAUAUCUCUUUUUUACUUGUUUAACACUAGAGAUGCGAUAGAAGGAAUUUGCUGGCAACUUCGACUGCUUUGGUCAGAUCAGUUCUUGCGUGGACAUGAGACCUCCCAGCGUCGUAUCCUCAUGCUUGAUCCUCAUUAUAGUGACCAUCACUCUCACUGAUGCAAGUAAUAAGGUCAAUAAGGGGGCAGAAAAAAAGGGACAGUCGAAUGGCAAAUCUGGAAAGCUAAAUAACGCUGGGAAAGUUAUCAAACAAAAGACAACACCGGUUCCCAAAGGUAGAGAGAGAAAGAAAACCAGCACAACUGCUAAAAUCAUCAAAGUGACAAAGAAGAGACCUCAGCCCAAAGCAAAAUCGGCACUUGACGACAUUGUAGAGAGCGCUCCUGAUAUUGAAGCCGGAAUUGAUUGCUACGACGCUUGUUUUAAAAACCUAUCCCUUUUCGGCAGUGAUGGAGCACUUCUGAACCCCAACAACUACGGAACGUAUGCGAUGAUCAAAGACAAGACAUUUUUACUGGGAGAGAUGCAAUUAUCCUGGGCAGACAACUGGAGAACAUGUUGUUCAAUUGGAAUGCAGCCUGUGAUUUUUCCACAAAUAAAGGAAACAUUUAGCACUAUGACCAGAGACAAACCAGAAGUAAUUUAUUGGACUGGUGGCUUCAAACACGAGCUGAACGACAUGUGGUCGUGGUGCAACAAAGAUAGUCCUGAACCAAUGGACUACGAAACAGACCUGCAAAGGAGUCAAGGGGAAGACGACUUCCACUGCGUUGCAAUGGUGACCGGCGAUCAAACGAGGACCUCCUUUAUCAGCGUCUCGUGUGACAGCAAUGAGACCUCUCAAAAUACGCCUGUCUUUUUAGCCUGCGAAUCAAUGGACGUCAAGCCUAUGGAUAUGAUGGUGGGAAACCCUCGAUGCACGAAGAAAUGCAACAGCAACCAUCAGUGCAAGAGAAACGAAGUGCUUUCGAAAUUCAACUCAAAAGGGGAAAAUAUAUUAAAAGACAGAUAUAGUAACAGUAUAUGGGCGUCGAAAUGUGGCAGAUACUUUAUGUUUUCAAAACAAUAUGAAACAUAUUACGACGCUCGCGAAAGAUGUUGUGCACUCGGUAUGAAGCUCCUCUCCAUCAAAACUACAGCCAAGCGCAAGUGUCUGGCCAAACUCACGAGAGACUUCAGUGGCAUCAGUGGCGAGUUUUGGACAUCCGGCACUGAUUUGGACUGCGAAGGCAAUUACCGAUGGUGUUCCGUGGACAGAGCGUUCCUCAAGCACGAAAUCAAUUGGGCCGCCGGUGAACCAAACAGUAAGAGGGGACAUUGCGUGACGGUGAAAACAAGCGGCUACUCAGCUAUGACUACUCUGCAGACAGCGAUGUGCAAGGCCAAAAAGCGAUACAUUUGCGAGGUGCGUCAGUCUGGCAUUACAGUUGAAGCUGUGCAAAAGGAAUGCAUUUCCCUGAUCGGUCUUAGCGAUGAUGAAGUAAAUAAACUCUACAGUUCUAACGAUUACACAGAUCCGAUGAAGUGUUAUUUGAAAUGCCUCGGGGACAAUUUAGGAAUGCUUGUAAAUGGAACACUGCGAGAGGGAAAUGUGUUUCGCCUUAUUAGAAAAUAUGACGCAAGUUUAAACUUUGAUAAGGGAACAAAUGCUGUCAUCAAAUGCAAAUCUGAGCAAGUUCCAACGGCUGAUGAGUGCCAGAACGCGUACAACUUGUACAAAUGCGUGAAAGAGAAGGCACCUGAUGUAUUUAGAAGGGUGAUUGCUGUGCAAAAAGAGGAUGAUGCACCAGUUGACGAAAAAAUUCCGGUACCCGUUGGUCGUAUUUGUAAAAAUAAUCUGGAGUCCGAAUGCAGGUUGAAUACUUCGCGAAGAGCAACGUUUUUCAAAGAAGGAAUGACUGCUGAAGGAGGUUCAGCUGUGACUUACGCAAGAGAAUCAUGGUAUAAAUCUGAAAGAGGCGCGCAUAAAUUCGCAGAUGCUUUUAAAUAUUGUUGCUCUCUGGAUAUGCACUUGCCAGUUGUUCGGUACCAAGUGGAAAUAUCGGCCCUGGCCGAUUGGAUGGGAGGAUUAGAAAAUGAUAAUUUCUUUGAUGAGACAUAUUCGCUGAAUGAUGAAGAGAAGUGGUGCAGCAAUCAUGAUACUGUCGACCCACUGUUAUCCGAUGACGAUUUACUGGUGAAAUACGAAAGCACCGUCUAUUACUUGCCCAAAGGUUUUCGGGGUCCUUUUGGUGUUGGCGUUUACAAUUUGAAGUCAAUACCAUACGGCGAGAUGGAUGUUCUAACCGUUCCAUACUUUUUUUGUCAGCCUAAAGCCGAAAUAUAUGUCACAUAUUAGGGUUUUCAUGAAUAUAUUGAAGUAUCAAGAGCACCAUUUAAAUCAAAUUUAAAUAAAAUAUUAUUAAUCAUUUUUUUCUCAAGACUCACGAUUGAUUGUGGUGGUUUUAACUUGCAUUCAUUAUUAUUGAAAAAUUUCGCAGUGGCAGCGGUGAUUGCCAUUUAUUAAGCACAGGGUGUUUAAGGAAUGAACGACCACUGUUCCCGGGGCUCUAGUUAGUGUCUCAAAAUGAAAUGCAAAUUCGAGUAUGCAUUAGCAAAAUCUUUCAACAAUUGGACAAAAAUUAAAAAAACUACCCUUAAUGUGUCGAAGGUUAAAGGAAAUUGCUGCUGCCAAUUACAUAAUACACCUUAAAAUUUUCCAUUUAUUUUGAAACUAUUCUGCAGUGAGAAAUUACAAU